ACUGGGAAGAAUACUAAAGAUGACAGGGAAAUUCUGACACAGCCAUACUCCAAACUGCCAUGCUAUCCCUACACAUGGAGACUGACUUUGUGCAUGGAAAUGUUAAAGAAGCACAGCUAAAAAUGUCUUUGGUUUUGAAUUGAAACACAGUCUGGAACGUGCCAGGCAUGGCAUGUUCCCGGGAAACACGAUUUGCCUUGCAAUUUACCUUUCUAUUCCUUGUCUUCUUGGAAGAACUGUUUUGCUACAGCACUUCGAAUUAUCUGUCAUAUUAGGUACAUUUUCCUAGCUCUGGAAGUGUGGUAGGAGGCAACAUCAGGAUUUUCUCUGGUCAGGGUUCCCAGAGAAGGAACAACACAUUUCAGGGAAAAGAAGAGGCACAGAUAAGAAAUCUUACCAGGCUAUCAUAUGGAUUGAAAACAUAGAGCUUGAUGAUGCUGCAGAUGAACAGUACAGUGUAUCCCUGCCAAGUCUGGCACACCAAGGAAGUAUCAGUGUCACAGCACUUGUAGUGCAGAGCUUAUCAUGCCCAGUGUCCCUUGCAUAUGGAAGCCCAUGUGUCCAGGACACAGUAGAUGUACAGUGAGUGCAGUGUGCAGAGUGCCUGCGUACCCCUUGCCUUGGGCCACUCUUGAACCUAAUCAAUGAACUCUGCUCUCCGCCAAGACUGUAAGCCUUGUUCCUGCCCCACCAGCUCAAGCCCAACAGCUGUAGCACUGAGGAGGAAAGGUGGAGUCUUGGCUGCCUCUGUCCUGAUAACCUCCAGAGGAGGAGGAGCCAGCAGCCCUGGGGAGCGUGGUCCCAGGAGCACGGUCCAGGACUGAAGCAGUGAGGAUGGAAGCCACUCAAAUUAAUAUGUCCCGCGUUCCACUGGUUAACGGAGGCAUCAGCACUGCGCUCAAGGCACACAAGCCCCGUGUGAUGUCCAAAAGCGGUCACAGCAAUGUGCGCAUAGACAAAGUUGAUGGCAUUUACCUACUCUACCUUCAAGAUUUGUGGACUACAGUUAUAGACAUGAAGUGGAGGUACAAACUCACCUUAUUUGCUGCUACAUUUGUUAUGACCUGGUUCCUCUUUGGAGUUAUCUAUUACGCCAUUGCAUUCCUUCACGGAGACUUAGAAAUAAACAAGUUCACCUCAAAGCAGGAGCCAUGUGUCAAGAAUGUAGACUCUCUUACAGGUGCAUUCCUCUUCUCUCUGGAGUCACAGACAACCAUUGGCUAUGGAUUUCGUUUCAUUACAGAGGAGUGUCCACAUGCCAUUUUCUUGCUUGUGGCCCAACUGGUUAUCACCACCUUGAUUGAGAUCUUCAUCACAGGCACAUUUCUGGCAAAAAUUGCAAGACCUAAAAAAAGGGCAGAAACUAUUAAGUUCAGCCACUGUGCUGUCAUUACUAAACACAACGGAGAUCUUUGCCUGGUGAUCAGGGUAGCAAACAUGAGAAAGAGCCUUCUAAUACAGUGCCAGCUCUCUGGGAAGCUUCUUCAGACAUACGAAACCAAAGAAGGGGAGAGAAUCCUGCUUAAUCAAGCCAGUGUCAAGUUCAAUGUUGACUCCUCUUCAGAAAGCCCAUUUCUCAUUUUGCCUUUAACAUUCUACCAUAUUUUGGAUGAAAGCAGCCCUUUAAGAGAUCUCACACCUCAAAAUCUCAAGGAUAAGGAUUUUGAGCUUGUGGUGCUCCUGAAUGCCACAGUGGAGUCCACCAGUGCUGUCUGUCAAAGCAGGACUUCCUACAUACCUGACGAGAUCCACUGGGGUUAUGAAUUCGUGCCUGUGGUUUCUCUCUCUCCAAAUGGAAAGUAUGUGGCAGAUUUCAGUCAGUUUGAGAAGAUUAGGAGAAGCACAGAUUCUUCUUUUUAUAGUAUGGACUCAGAAAAACAAAAAUUAGAGGAGAAAUACAGGCAGGAGGAUCAAAGAGAGAGGGAACUAAGAACGAUGUUGUUACAGCAGAGCAAUGUUUGAUUGAGUGGACAAACUAUCUUGUUAAAUUCUUUCCAAAACCUGAAAGAAAAAAAAAAAAUUUUUCUGUACUGUGUGUCUAUUAUAAAACCAGCGGUGAAGACUUUUUCAGAAAAUAGCUUUGGCGUAGAGUAAACAUAUCCCUUUGUUUGGCUGAGUUGUUAAUCAAGUAUUUUAUAAUUAGGUGGGAUUUCUUUGUUCAUGAUCUUAGCAAAGUUGGAUUUGUAUCAAGUGUCUGCCUCAUACCAACGCUAAAAGCAGACACACCACUUUCUGUUUGGAAAGUGAAACUGGAUGCACAGUGCUGAUUCCUUCAAAUAUUUAUUUGACGAACUUUUACUGUGAGCAGAGACAGCACAUAGUACUGCUAAAAAAAAUAUGUGCUCUGUUAAAAAAAUGUCUACUUAAAAUGUAAAUUUUCAUACCAGGUCUUAUCUUUGAAGGAAUUCCUGGUGAGGAAAAUCAGGGAGACAAAUUGUCAACCAUGGGAAGAGCCUGCAGGGAAGGGACAAACUCCUUCUUAAAUCUUGAAGGAGAGUGACGGAGUAGUUGUGCUGGGUGAUCUAGAAGGGAUUUCUCUUUCUCUGUUGCACAGAACGUGUUUUGUGAUUACUCACUUUUUUAACCUUGUUAAUGACUGAUUCAUAGCAAAAAAAAAAAAAAAAAAAAAAAAAAAGGAGGUAAGGGCAA